AUGUCGAACGCAGCUCUUACAGCCGCCCAAGCCCGCGCGGAAGAAGCGGAAAACCAGCUCGCGCAAUUACAAACCCAGUUUACGCAAUUACAAGACCAGUUUGCGCAAAUGCGUACCCAGUGGAGUGAUCAGGGCCUUGAUACAGUUAAUUCAAAUGCGAUUGAUAAUAACAUUCAAAUUCCGCGUAUAGAUAAUUACAGGGUUCCCAAGAUUUCCCCGUUUUCUCAAGUCGACCCAGAAUUAUGGUUCAUCCAGGCCGAACUUUCCAUGAGAAACGCACGAAUUACCGUCCAGUCCACUAUGGCCGAUACCGUACUCGCCGCACUUGAUGUUGAAAUAUUGAAUUGUGUAAGGGACAUAAUUAAAUUAAGACCUCCCCCAGAGGAUAUUUAUGAGCAGGUUAAAGCCCGAAUUAUCGCGACGUACGCGCCUUCGGAUGAAACAAAACUACGAAAACUUUUAAGGGGACAAGUCGGGACCGAUGGAAAGCCUUCGCUAAUCCUCAGCCGAUUGCGUGGUCUUAAUGGCGGGAAUGUAGACGAUAACGUAAUAAGAUCAAUUUUUCUCGACCAAUUACCAUGCGAACACCGCGCGAUCCUCGUAUCCACGAGAGUUACCGACCUUAACCGUAUAGCCGAAGCCGCUGAUCGAAUGGCUGAGAGCGCUCGCGGAAAUGAGCCUUAUGCGUCCGCCGUGUCUAAGGGGAAUUCACCUCCUCCUGCAAAGACCGAGAUUCAACAACUCAUCGAAAGAAUGGAAAAGAUGGAUAAUAUGAUGGCUUCAUUUAAAAAAGAAUUAAAUUCGCGCUCGCGCUCGCGAUCCAACUCCCGUAGGCGUAGGACCUCAACCUCGCCAAACAGGGCGAUCACACCCGCGCUCUGUCCGGCUCAUACUAAAUACCCGGAUAAUCCGACUUCGUGUCGAACGUGGUGCUCAAAAUAUGAGACGUGGAACAGUACAAAAAACUAA